CAGAAAUGGCGGAGUGAUUUUUGGCAAUCCUUUUUAAAGAUAUUUUUAUGGAAGAUUUUUACCGGCUCGAUCCUGCGAUUUCUCGUUCUGAUGAAAUCGCGGGAGUUGGAAACGUCGUUCCAGUUCCAGCUCCAGUUACAGCGACGGAAUUUGACCGUCAAGACGAAAACAUCUUUCAAAUCGAAGCCAACGAGCCGGAAAUCUCUGGAUCGGAGAUUUCCAGUCUGAUCAAAGCUCAGAUCGCAAACCAUCCUCGCUAUCGUAGCUUAGUGAAUGCUUAUAUAGAAUGUCGGAAGGUCGGAGCGCCACCGAAAAUGGCGUCUCUUCUUGAAGAAAUCGCUCGAGAAAACCACCCUAAUUGUGGUUCUAGGGAGAUAGGAGCGGAUCCAGAACUCGACAAGUUCAUGGAUUCGUACUGCGAAGUUCUUUACAGAUACAAGGAAGAACUAUCGAAGCCGUUCGAUGAAGCAACAAGUUUUUUGAGCAAUAUCGAAACGCAGCUCAGCGAUCUCUGCAAGGUAGCUUCUUCCUCGACCACAACGACCUCUGCUUCCUUUGGGAAUUACCACUCAGAUGAAGCACCUGGGAUGUCAGAAGAGGAGCUAAGCUACAGGGACGUGGAGGUGGUGGAUGGUCUGGAAUCUUCUGGUCCCCAUCAUGGUGACAGGGAGCUGAAAGAAAUGCUUUUGCGAAAGUACAGUGGCUAUCUUAGCAAUCUCAGGAAAGAAUUCAUGAAGCAAAGGAAGAAAGGGAAGCUACCUAAAGAUGCAAGGAUGGCAUUGUUGGACUGGUGGAAUAACCACCAUAGAUGGCCAUACCCCACGGAAGAGGAGAAGAUGCAGCUCUCUGAAGUGAGUGGAUUAGACCAUAAGCAGAUUAACAAUUGGUUCAUCAAUCAGAGGAAGCGGCACUGGAAGCCAUCGGUAGACAUCGGUUUUGCACUGGUGGACAGUAUCACCGGUGGCAGUUCAGAACCUCAAAUACACCAGAGGAACUGGCAAUAAUGAUAUUUUUGAAGUUUGAAUAGCACCAAAUCUUCACUGCAC